AUGCAUGUCCUUUCUACACUAGUCCUCGCUUCUGCCGGCCUCGCCUCGUCAUAUGAGCUGCCUGCCAAGUUAGAGCAGAUCUACAAGGAGCACAAGACUGGAGAAUGCAAGAAUAUUCUCGGAAGUGGUUUUAACAACGGUGACUCCAGUGCCAACAAUGUAGUCUAUUGCGGAGACAUUGAAGGAGCAAUAUUCCUGCACAGCACCGCAAAUGGAGGGAGUUAUGCUGACAUGGAUGUGGACUGUGACGGUGCCGACAAUUCUUCCGGGGCCUGUUCAAAUGAUCCUAGUGGCCAAGGCGUUACUGCCUUCCAGUCUGAGGUGAGCAAGUAUGGCAUCUCCGACUUAAAUGCCAACAUCCAUCCGUACGUCGUGUUCGGGAAUGAAGACUCAAACCCUCAAUUUGCUCCCAACAAGUUUGGGAUGGAACCUUUGAGCGUAAUGGCGGUGGUCUGCAACGGCCAGCUGCACUAUGGAAUUUGGGGAGACACUAACGGCGGGACCGCCACUGGUGAGGCUGCCAUCUCCACGGCAGAGCUUUGCUUCCCCAAUGCUGGCAUUACCGGCGACAAUGGCCAUACCCCGAGAGAUGUCCUUUAUAUCGGCUUUAAAGGGAAAGAAGCGUUUCCAGGAGCCAAGGCGGACUGGAAAGCUAAGAAUACCAAAGCCUUCGAGGAAAGCAUCAGGCCCAUUGGAGAUCGGCUCGUGGCUAAGCUCGGCACUGGGACAUCCCCAGUGCUUACAAGCUCAGCAUCUUCAGGCACACCUAUUGCCAGUCCCACAUGGACUCCGAGUUCCUCGUGGUCUGCGCCGCCGGGGCCGCCAACUCGUUACUGGCGACGAAACAUGCGUGCAUAG